UCAUGGCUCUCCAACAUGCCUUACUCCUGCUGCUUAUCCUGGCCAAUGCCAUUGACGGGCAACAGCAACAGUUAAUGGAAUACAUGGAGAGGCGGAUGGCUGUCUUAGAGGAGCGGAUCUCCCAGUGGCAUGACCAGAGCAGCCGAUACUCCAGUGAGCUGAGGGAUUUCAAGAACAAGGUGGUUUCCAUGCUAGAGUCAGUGGAGAAAGAACGGGAAACUCUCCGGGCAGAGGUAGAAAACACAGCAGUGCGAGUGGACCGCCUGGAGCGAGAGGUAGACUAUCUUGAGACCCAAAAUCCUGCCCCGCCCUGUGUGGAAGUAGAUGACAAACUCAUGGAAAAUCAGGUUGCCACCACCAAGAAGCGCAAGAAUGAGAAGUAUGACAAACUGACAGAUUGCAGUGACACCGUAUCACAGGUGAAAGCCAUGAAAAUUUUAAAGCGAUUUGGCAGCACAGCUGGACUCUGGACCAAAGACCCACUGAGCAAUUCAGAGAAGAUCUUUGUCUUUGAUGGUACUAGCAAUGACACUGUGUAUGUCUUUCCCAGAAUGAGGGAGUUCACACUCUUCUCUGCUACCCGAAAGGCUACCCGCAUCAAGUUACCCUACCCAUGGGUUGGCACUGGACACUUGGUAUAUGGAGGGCAUCUGUAUUAUAUCCGCCGGCAUGGCACUUUCCAAGUCAUCAAGUUUAGCUUGGCCAACAAGACUAUUGUUGAUAGUUCUGUCUUUCCAGCUGAGGAACAGAUCCCUGUCUUUGGUCUUUCAUCCUACAAUUACAUUGAUCUGGUGGCUGAUGAGGAGGGGAUCUGGGCUAUCUAUGCCACACAAGAAAACGAGAGAAAUAUAGCCUUGGCCAAACUAGACCCCACCUCUCUAGACAUUGAGCAAAUGUGGGACACCCCAUGCCCUCGCGAAAAUGCGGAGAGUGCUUUUGUCAUCUGUGGAGCUCUCUAUGUGGUGUACAAUACGCGGCUGCCCAGCCGGUCUCGUAUCCAGUGCGUUUUUGAUGUCAGUGGCUCAAUGGCACCUGAAGAUGCUGCCCUGGUCUACUUCCCAAAGCGGUAUGGCUCACAUUCCAGCAUGAAGUACAAUCCCAAAGAGAGGCAGAUCUAUGCCUGGGAUGAUGGGUAUCAGCUCAUUUACCGAAUGGAAAUGAAGAAGAAGACUGAAGUCUGAAAAUGGCCCACAGCUGUGGUGGGGUGAGCAUCAGAAGCAUAUUACAGUGCCAUAAGAUGUGAUUCAGCUGCCUACUCCUACCAGCUGUACCAGAAAACCAGCAGCCUCAAGAAGCACUGACUGGAUCGGACUUUUAAGAAAGAAACACCUCUCUUAUGUAUUAAAUGCUUUUUAGCAGAAAUGGCUUGCAUUUUUAUGGGACCUACCACUUUUGUUUUGUUUUGUUUUCAAGUCCAAACUCAAAUUAAAAACAGCAUUUUUUAGAAAUUAUAAAUUAUCUUAUGUUAAAUAAAUGUUCAUGUUCCAGCUGAAAGACUGGAGAAAAGCAUUGCUCCUAGCUCUCAGGCAGAAGGCAAGUGUCCCUAAAUGUCCAUGCUUCCCUAUAACUUAGAGGUCAAAUUGGCAUCUCUGUCCUUCAGAAGGAAAGCUCAGAAGGGGGUUGUGAGGUGGUGAGGAGGCAUUCGGGGCUUUAUUAAAAAAUACUCCCCUAGCAUAUGUUUACUGAAUUAAACCAGAAUGUAAAACUUAUUUGUCUUCUUGCUCUUCCUGCUCUCAGAUGCUGUAGCAUACCUGGACAGUCCAGGUGAUAGCUUCCUGAUUGUUUCUUGUACCUUAAUUGUUGUUAUUGCUAUAUCUAUGUCUGCCUUCUGUUGACUGCAGGAUUCUGCAUCAGCUUUUCUUUUGAUUUUUUUGCAUAUGCCCCUGAACAUAUCACAGCAAGGUAGCUGUUGCAGCAGAUUUUGAGGUCCCACCUGGAGAGUUUCUUUGGUUCAUUAUACUUUUCUGAGUUUCUUCACCUGUUUCUUCUCUAUUAAAGAAACAUUAACUUCCAUGUGAUUAGUCCAGAUGCCUUAGAAUGUCCCCAUCACACAUGCACAAUGAAAGCAUGGAAAGAUAGGUGUAGAGGUUCAGCACAUGAAGGGCACCAAGUUGGGAACUAGCUCCAUUGCAAUGUCAUCCUAAUUACCAGAGUUGUGUGGUUCUUCCAGGCUAUUGCCUUGCUACCUAAUUCCUGCUCAGAACAGUAUAUACCCGAAUGGCUGACUUGUCAUUUUUGUGGCUCUUCGAACAACAAGACCUUUCAGUUUUAUUGGUGGUUGUCUCUAUCUGUGUGUUGCAGCAUGGCUUGUGCCAAACAGAGAUUGGGUGGAGUGUGCAAAAGGAAACACUAUUCUAGUGUUCUCAGGGGGCAUGCCCUUACUUGGGACCUAACCAGGUUGAAAGGAAGGCAUUAGGCUUCUGACUCUGAUGGGUCACAUGUAUGCCCCACUACAUACUUGUGGCUGUUGUUGGAACCUCAGAUCACUUGGGGGCUUUAUAAAAUCUCCAGAUGUCCACCGUGGCACUGAUCAGGUCUCUAAACCAUCACUGCAUCUUCCAUCGGUUCUCCAUGACUUCCAUCAGUUUAUGAAAAGGAAAAAAAGGAAGACAAAUGCAGUUAGUUCAUUUUAAGAUCAUUCAGGUGUGAAUGCCCCAUAACAGACUUUUGGUUAAAGUACUGUUUGAAUGAGUAUGAUGGUGAUGCACAUACCAGGACAAUUGGUGUGAUGCCAUCUGGAAGCAUAGGGGUAACAUCCUGCAAUCAAACCUUGCUUUAAAAUAUAAAGAAGGACUGCAUGCAGAUGUAUCAAAGUUAUGUACAACCAUCAAGCACUGUGUGAAUGCCCUUUUGCUCUUCUCAGGAUCAUUCUUUGUA